GGCUCUGUGAGAAACGUUUGGUGUUUUUUUAGUUCCGUCACUAGGGUUCCAAAAUGGCGGCCGCUUUACUGAAGGUUGCAGUUUCCAGUCUUUCAAGCUAUUGCCAUCUCACACUUCGAAGAGCACAUUCGACCUCAGCAUCCCUUCAUCAGGGUAGCCUUGGAUCACUGUGGAAUCUGGGAAAGCUGAAUCAUAUUGCCAUUGCUGUCCCAGACAUGGACAAGGCCACAGCUUUGUAUCGAGAUGUCCUGGGGGCCACAGUGAGUGAAAAGGUGCCUCUACCAGAGCAUGGUGUCUACACAGUGUUUGUAGAGCUUGGCAACACUAAGUUGGAGCUUCUCCAUCCGCUUGGUGAGAAGAGCCCAAUUUCUGGAUUUUUGCAGAAGAACAAAGCUGGAGGAAUGCACCACAUUUGUAUUGAGGUUGAUGACAUCAAAGCUGCAAUCAAAGACCUGAAAGUGAAGAACAUCAGAACUCUUUCACCAGAGCCACGAAUAGGAGCUCAUGGGAAACCAGUGAUGUUUCUUCAUCCCAAAGACUGUGACGGUGUAUUAGUGGAGCUGGAGGAAGCAUAACAAAGAUCACGAGCCCUCUUUGUUGAGCCUUAUAUAUAUUCUAGAGCAGUGGUUCAUAACCUGGGUUCGAUCGGUGAGUCGGUCUCAGGGGUUCGGCAGAGCCUCCACCAGGUCCGAACACAACAAGCUAGCAUUGAACAUGAAAUUUCAGUAGAGGUAUGUUUGAACGCAUUUCACAAAAAUCAUGUGUUGAAUUAACUACUUGGUGAGUGUGCAUGUGAGGAGAUGAUGGCCUUUUAUAGGAUAUUCAGAAUUGGGCUAUAAAUGUACACAAUGAACUUGUCCAAGUUUGUGGCUUUUGCAUCCUUUCAAUUGUUUAUGGAAUUACUUAAGCGUCUCUGGCAUUUAUAUUCUGUGCAUGUAAACAAAUAUUGAGUUGUAGUGACAGAUGAACAAGUGUUAAAAAAAAUUAAAAUCUUGCACAAAAUGGA